UCCUCCGCAUAGGUGAGAGAGGCACUCCGCAAUAUAAAAUCUGCAGGGGCUUGGAGAGAAGGGACCGCUCCAAAUCACAUAUUUUCACCUCACAGCAAGUGGGAAGAAAGGGAAAUCAAAUACAUGUGAUCCAAUCACCGGCCGGACCGGGAUAGAGAUUUAAGGUUAUAAAGAUCGGUUUGAAAUGAACGAAGGAUGGACUCUCCAUUGCUUCCAUCGCUCGUGCCCAUUCUAGAACAGCGAGUGCGUGCAGCAAAGAAAAUUGGAUGCUGAGCUGAGUCGCGCGCGGUGACACUGAUUAUAUCAACAAAACGAGGAAAACAGAAUAAUUGCGCUGUUUUAGAAUGCUGCAUCGGAUCAAAUUAAAUAAAUAGCAGCCUAUGUGAAAGAUAUAAUCAACAACAAUGGAGUUUGAGACUUGAGGUUGCUGCAUUUGCUAAGGUCUUGCUUCGUCGCUGGCCCUGACCGAUCAACAGUCCCGGGGUUCUUCCUGUUCCUCUGACCAGAGCUCCCCAUGGCCUGUAUCACAGAGUCCCGCGCCCCGUCCCCCUCUCUCUCCGGGUUCAACACCCCCCUCUCAGAACACACCCCUACCUUCCGGGGCCGGCUGGACGAGACACCUGCCUGCACCCCUGAGAUGGAUCUGACCCCCACCCAGUGUGUCCUACGGAACGUACUAUCUAUAGACACCGGGGGUGCCCCGGAGCCCGACGGCGGGGGAGGUGGAGGUCAUAAUGGUGAACACACCUGUGGGGGCCACAGCCCCACGCCUAGCGAGGAGCAGCAGGAGCACUUUGCCAACAGUGUGCUGAAGCUCCAUGAGAACGGGGAGGGAGGGGGUAGGAUGGGGGGAGAGGGUCAGGAUGCGGAGGAAGGAGCGGUGCGGAGCCAGGCUGAGGAUGUGAGGCUGCUGUCGGGAGGAAGUGGAGGGUUUCUGGAGGGACUGUUUGGGUGUCUGAAGCCGGUAUGGACCAUGAUCGGCAAGGCCUACUCCACCGAACACAAACACAACCUGGAAGAGCUCUGGGAGGUGCCGUUUGAGGACAUCUCUGAGCUGCAGUGGGUUGGGAGUGGGGCCCAGGGAGCCGUCUUCCUGGGUAAACUCCACGGACAGGAAGUAGCUGUGAAGAAGGUUCGAGACAUCAAGGAGACAGACAUCAGACAUCUGAGAAAACUCAAACACCCCAACAUCAUCACCUUCAAGGGUAUCUGCACCCAGGCCCCGUGUUACUGUAUCCUAAUGGAGUACUGUGCCCAGGGCCAGCUGUACGAGGUGCUGAGGGCGGGUAGGAACAUCACCCCCUCCCUGCUCAUCGACUGGGCCAUGGGCAUGGCUGGAGGCAUGAACUACCUUCACCUCCACAAGAUCAUCCACAGAGACCUCAAGUCACCCAAUAUGUUGAUCACCUAUGAUGAUGCGGUGAAAAUCUCUGACUUCGGGACGUCUAAGGAGAUGAGUGAUAAGAGCACCAAGAUGUCGUUCGCCGGUACGGUGGCCUGGAUGGCCCCAGAGGUGAUCAGGAACGAACCUGUAUCAGAGAAGGUCGACAUCUGGUCGUUUGGUGUGGUGCUAUGGGAGAUGUUGACCGGAGAGGUACCGUAUAAAGACGUGGACUCUUCAGCCAUCAUCUGGGGGGUGGGAAACAAUAGCCUGAACCUACCUGUCCCAGAGAGCUGCCCAGACGGAUUCAAGAUACUGCUGAGACAGUGCUGGAGCAGUAAGCCAAGGAACAGACCUUCAUUCAGACAGAUCCUACUGCACCUGGACAUUGCCUCGGCUGACCUGCUGUCUACCCCUCAGGAGACAUACUUCAAAUCUCAGGCAGAGUGGCGUGAGGAGGUGAAGCAACACUUUGAGAAGAUCAAGUCAGAGGGGACGUGUAUACACAGACUGGACGAGGAGAUGAUUAUACGACGCAAAGAGGAGCUUAGACAUGCCCUGGAUAUACGCGAGCACUAUGAGAGGAAGCUGGAGAGAGCCAACAACCUCUACAUGGAGCUCAACGCCGUUAUGCUACAGCUGGAACUCAAGGAGAAGGAGCUACUCAAGAGGGAGCAGUCACUGGAUAAGAAGUACCCAGGAUGCAUCAAACACCACAGCUCCAGACAGGAACGCUCGUCCAACUCCAUGGAGAAGCUCAUCAAGAAACGCAACGUACCUCAGAAACUUCCGGCGCACAGCAAGAGACCAGACCUGUUAAAGUCAGAGGUGAUCCUUCCCAAGCUGGACUCCUCCAUGACUCAGGUGACCAUCCCCUCCUGCCCCCAGAAGGGAUCCACGUCCCCGGGGAGGUCACGUCGGGCCAAGCCCCGCUACAGGAAGGCGGGGAAGGGCAGCAGUGGAGACCUAGCUGGGCUGAAGGCUGCGUUAUCGUCCACACUGGGUCUGGCUAAUACUACGUCUCUGACCUCCUCCACACCCAGCAGCAAGCAGCAUCUGGACCCCAGCGCAGCUCUGAGAGGUCUCCAGCAUGAUCUGCUGCUGAAGAAGAUGUCCUCGUCCAGCCCAGACCUCAUCUCUACCGCCAUGGAGGCAGAGUGUCGCCGCGGGGGACUGGAGAGACCUGGUCUGGAGAGAGGGGGGAGCCAGAGCGCCUCCGCAGGCCUAGGAGGAGGUGGAGGAGGAGGUGGUGGAGGAGGGACGGAGGAUGGAGGGGUGGCGACAGAUGACCAGACAGAGACCCCACCUCGUAGCAACACCCCCAGCGAGGACGCGGCCUCCAUACCCUUCUCCAGCAGCCCAGACUCCCCCUGUGGGAGGGGGGCAGCGGCAGGGAGGGGGUCGGUGCUGGGAGGCCCAGGAAGGUUACUUCAGGACGGGGAGGACAAGGAGGAGGGCACAGGGAUCAUCAGGUCACCCAGGAGCCAACACCUCACACCUGCAGCCCUGCUCUACCGGAAACAAGUCACACGCAAACAGAGACGUGGUGUGUCCUCAGAGGAAGAGGAGGGAGAGGUGGACAGUGAGGUGGAGUUACCACGGAGACGUCGACCGGUAAGCAUAACCAAGUGCCAGUCCCUGUCCACCUUCAGCUCUGAGAACCUGUCUGCCGUGUCCGUGUCGGACGGAGAGGAGGGCAACACCAGUGACCACUCCCACAGCGGCACGCCGGAUGUGGUCAGUACCAACACAGACGAGCGGCUGGACGACAAGAGCGACGACCUUCUGUCCCAGGGGUCGGAGAUCCCCGCCGACCCCGCCCUCGACCCGGCCGAUGGUUUAUCAGAGAAGGAGGCCGCCAUACGCCAGGUCAAGACCCAGCUCAACACGGGGCAGAACUAUGAGGGCCUGUAUGAUGACUCUGACUGUGACAGUGCAGAGCUGGACCACUCAGGCUGCACAGAGCCCCAGCACCAUAGGCCCCCCAGCACCAACUGGUGAGGAGACCAGAUGCAGAUCUUAGCCCCACUCCCCCAGCCCUACUCCCCAACCCUACUCCCCCAGCCCUACUCCCCAGCCCUACUCCCCCAGCCCUACUCCCCCAGCCCUACUCCCCAGUCCUACUCCCCCAGCCCUACUCCACCAGCCCUACUCCACCAGUCCUACUCCCCCAAUCUGUUUCUGCUUCCUUGCCAACUCCUUUGGUCAUUAUAACACAUAAACUGGUCUUAGGCCAUGCUAACACUCCCCAAACCCAGCCUUGCAGAAACACUUCAACUCACCUCACCUACAGUGACCUCUGCACCACCAGACACUUGGUAUAAUGUCUACAUGUUGUAGUGAUUCCUUCACUAUCCACCCUGUGGUUUCUUACUUCUUGAUUUUGUAAACAAAAACAAACAAAAAAAAAACAAAAAACAAGUGUCAUAUUUCAACAUGUACCUAUGUAAUGUCUCCCAUUCAGAGUUCACAAUAUUAGUGUCAUUACACCUUCCAAUUGUCAAUGUCCACAUCAUCGGUGAGGCACCUAAUGGUUUUUUUUUUGUUGCACUUAAUGUUUACUUCAUUUGUAGUGAUUAUUUAUGUUCAAAUUCCUGUGUUUCCUCACCAGCAUUAUGCACCGAGUGUCAUUUAAUUUAUUUAUUAAGUACAAGAGAAAAACAAUGUCUAUAUUAUUUUAAGUUGGUUACAAUUUCAUGUAUUUAUUGUUUUGCAUCAGGGAUUUUGUUGUCCUAAUUUUGUAUACAAUUUGUAUUUUAUUUAUGUUAACAUGAACUGUAUGUAAAUAUCUGACCUCUUGACACACUAUACAAGGAAGAAAUAUCAUUUGUAUGAGUUAAAAUGUUAUCACUGUAUCAUGUAAUGGUGCUGACUGAUGUUUUACACUAGAGGGCGUUAUUGUAUUGUACCAGACAGAACAGGGGUGGAUUCAUAACGGAAACCGUUGUGCAACGAAAACAAGACUUUCUAUUGGACAAAUUCAGGUAGGUCCCUCCCCGUUUCAUUCCGUUUGCUUCCGUUUGGCUCCUCGAGUAAACGGUAAACGGUUUCCGUUGCAGAACUGGGUUGCGUUAAGCAGGGCACGACGUUGUGGAAUGCUCAGAUAGAAAUAUGUUAUAUAGAACAAGCAUGCCUCUCUGACAACAAAGACAUCAUGUCAGCUCUAUUCACGACAUUUCUAUCUGAAACGUUCAACAGUUGCCUACUGAAUCUGAACAUAGAUAUUCUAUAACAGAAAUUCUAUUUGGUCUGGUACCAGAUGCUGUUCAUAAUGACAGGGCAUUAGUAAGCAUAGAAAUAGAAUCUAAUCGAGUGCUUCUAUUUCUUUGGCAUUAAGACACAGGCUGGAGAACAGAACAAUAAUAGCUAAAGAACAAGCAAUAUGUCCACAAACUCAGAAUCAUUCCCCUGGCUACAGCAUGGAGCAAAACUAACCUAUAAGCCCAGCCCCUUUCUUUCAGGGUCUGUCUUGACAUGUUUUUGUAGAUCAACUAUUGUAUUUCUUUGGUAUUGCAGUGUUUAUACUGUAUUAAAAUGCAAUACCACCUACUAGGAAACCUUUGAGAACAAAACCUCAGGUCAAAUCUCAAAUGGCAUCCUUAUCUAUAUAUAGUUUGCUACUUUUCCCCACAGCUUUGGGUCAAAAGUAGCGCACUUCUUAAGGAGUAGGGUGCCAUUAGGGACGAAACCUCGGUCACAGACCAUGUCCAUCUAGAAGUGUACAGAUAGAUCACUAGAGCAUGCUUGUAAUAUAGUAUGUAUGGGUUGGAUUGUAUUUCCUGUCCAAAUGCAGAUGUCAGUCAGAGCAUGAGGCUCAGAUCAAAGGGACUUAUCACCCAUAGAAACAGAACCUAAAGGGAUUCUAGUUCUAUGACAUCACCACCACUCACCAAUGACCUAUCUAUCCAUCUCUAUGGAAACUAUCCAACUCAACAGCAACAGAUGAGUUUGUUCCUAACUAGUUACCUGGCAACUAGUUAGUUCCCUGUCAACUAAAGGUUGCAUCCCGAUUCUCCACCCUUCCCUAAAUGUGCACUUGUUCUUUUCCGCUCAUGGAUUGAAAAGGACUGGAUUAAGAAACAUGGUGGAACCACCAUCAACCAGACCCAUUUUUUGUUUUGAUCCACAGGGAAGAGUGUGGAAGUGUAAACUUGGGCAGAUCUGGGACAAAAAAAAGAGGCCCAUGUUUGAACAGUCCCCAUUAAAUCCUCUGUAGCAUUGAGGAUUCCACUCCAACUUCACAGUCCACUCUAUCGGGAUGACGCAGCAGGUUCCAUUUGAUAAGCUAGAAAAUGGCAGCUCCUUUAAUAUAUUAAGGUUUUAUAGUGUUUAUUUUGAAUGUUCUGAUCUCAGAAUGUAUUCUGUCCCAUCAAGUCAAGCAUUAACUUCAUUAACUACUAGGUCUUAUGCUGAAUGACAUCCAGACAGAUGUCAAACGGAUAAAUAAUUCAUUGUUUUGUUGCCAAUACAGCAAAAAGAUCAAUGCCCUCUGGUGACUGGAGAAAUAGAGGGUCAUUCUUGUAUGUUUUCAAAUUAGCCUGGUCCCAGAUCUGUUUGUUAGUAUUGUUUUACUAACUCCUAUGGUCAUCGUCAGGAACACCAGUGUUUGGCAAGAGCGUUACAGAUCUGUGAUCAGGCUCGUUUCCGUAAUGCUGAAUCAAAAACAGACUCCUACUUUAUUAAAACAAAAAAAAAACUGUUUGUUUUAUAUUGCAUUAUGUAUUGUAUCUGUGUACAAUAAAUAUAUUUAAGAAGCAAAUUAAGAAAUAAAUA